CCUGUUUUGGUUUCUUCCUUUUCUUCCUGGAGGCUUGACCGAGUGCCAUUUCUUCUUUUGCAUGAACAUAGCUGCAGGCCAUGUAACGUUAGAGAGAAUUUACUAUGUAAUUAGUUCCAUUCAUUCCCAGUGGCUGUUCACUUCACCCUCGGCAGGGUUCACAGCAAGUCCAGCACUGGGAGGUGUAGGCUUCUAGCCAAACCUUACCAUACCGUACUUCAGUGUGAGCUGAAGAACUUCACUUGGGAAGAGGAGAGUGUAUUGUAUUCAUUUAGCUAAUGGAAUAAUAGAGAAAGGACAAGAUGAAAGUCAAUAAUACUUUGGCAAAAGCAUUAUAUGACAACAAGGCUGAGUGUUCAGAUGAGCUAGCCUUCCGCAAAGGAGACAUCCUAACAGUUCUUGAGCAGAAUGUCUUAGAGAGUGAAGGAUGGUGGAAAUGUUCCCUCCAUGGAAGACAAGGCCUAGCUCCUGCUAAUCGCCUCCAACUCCUUGCUGGUUCCCAGGCAGGCAUGUUGCCGCCCUCCUCUGAACAUGAUUCCCGGGAAUUGCACAUCUGUCAACAAAAUAUCUACCAGGUCCCAUCAGCUCCCAAGUCUUCCACAUUGUCACCUACGUAUGAACGGAUGGACAGUUGGAUUAAGCCAGUUCGUUCUCCUGUUUCUUCUCCACCUACUCAAGAAAUAUAUCAGGUGCCAGCUUUAGCUGCACAAUUAUUCAGUGAAAAGACCCAAAGCCUAACCAAUCAGCACCGAUUUACUCUUCCCACAGCAUCUCGGGCCUCCAUACCAUAUAUACAAAGGGAGGUUUAUGAUGUUCCAUCACCACAACACCGGGUGGCCUUAUGCAUUCAGAGGUGUGCCACUCCACCCGCAGCCAGAAAGGGCUCUGUGCCGAUCCUCUACAAAGAAUAUAUCCAGGAAGAGCAGCAACAGCUUUAUGACAUCCCAUCCAGCCUGGAAAAGGCAGAAAUCUAUGUCCAGCAAGACUCUCCAGUGGGCAGUGUGUAUGAUGUUCCCCCCACAACUGCAAGAGACCAUGACAUUUCACUACAAAAUUUGCCUCAAAUAAAAUGUUUGGGUCAUUAUAACACCUUGCCAAAUCCUCGGAAGUCAGAAUGGAUUUAUGAUAUUCCGGUAUCACCUGAAAAAAUGGGUUUAAAAAAAGAUCCUUCCGAUAGUUCCCUGGAAAAGCAGGUACUGUAUGACAUACCGCCAGCCAGAUAUGGUACUAGUUUGCAAAAUGUUCAACCAACAAAUAUCAAAAGCAAAUCAGUGAAUCCACAAAUGUAUGAUGUCCCACCAACACAGAGAAAAUUAACCUUUCCUGAUAUCUCUCAUUAUAAUGUACCAUCCUCACGUGACAUGCUACUUUUGCAGCAAAACGGUAACUAUCAUGUUCCACCAAGCUUUCUGACUCCAAGGGUUGAGCAACAGAACUCUGAACCAAAUGUUUAUGAUAUUCCAAAAGUGCUGCCUACUGCUUUACAGCACAGGAAAGGGACUGAAAAAAACAAAAGUAGUUUUGGAAACCAUACUUACAACAUUCCUCCACAACUGUCAAAAGACGCCAAAUUAGAACAAGACAGGUUAUCAGUUUCCAGUGCGGACAGUAGAAUCAAUACCCUAUCUACAUCAUCAAGCACUUCUGCUGAGUCCUCUUCUACGUCAUCAUCAGAAGAACCUGCAAAAGAAAUUAACUUGGAGCUUGACUUAGCCAUAGAGACAUUGACCAAGCUGCAGCACAGUGUAUCCAGUUCAGUUGCAAGUCUGAUGAUUUUUGUAAGCAGUAGGUGGAGAUUCCAGGAACACCUGGAGACAAACCUUGAGGAAAUCCAUAGAGCAAUUGAUCACAUAAAAGUGUCUUUGGGAGAAUUCUUGGACUUUGCUCAAGUCAUCAAGGUGAAUGCCUCUUGCGUCACUGACAAUAACCUUCAAACCAGAAUUAAAACACAACUGAAAAUUCUUAAAGACUCAUUCCAGAUCUUGGUAGAAACAAGAGAAGCACUGAAUAACUGCAAAUGGUCACUGGAAGUUCUGGUCAUUAAGAAACUUCAGAAUAACCCAGAUGAUCUUGAUCGGUUUGUUAUGGUAGCCCGCGCAAUUCCAGAUGAUAUCAAGAGAUUUGUUUCUAUUAUCAUAGCUAAUGGAAAGCUUCUCUUCAAAAAGAAUAGCAAGGAACAAGAGAUCAAGUCACCAAAAAUUGGUACAGACCAUAAAAUGGCAAAGCCGAUCCCAAUACCCAGAAGAAGAGAACUUGAUUCACUCCAAAGAAAUACUUUGGAUAAACCAAACAAAAACAAAGUCUAUUCUGAGAAAUCAAGAGAAAAUGUCACUGAAGACUGUGAUUAUGUUCAGUUACAGAAGUCUCCUGGGUUGGAACAGGCACAAAAACCCCUUUCAGCUAAAGAGGUGGCAAAGAAGAAUGCAGAUUUAAAAACAAAGGUUUUGCCACCUUCAAAAAAGCAUAAUAUUCAGAGCAACCUGGUCUUGGCAAAGAAAAUCACUCUCUCAGAAAACUGUCGACUGUAUUUUGGGGCCCUUCACAAGGCCAUUAGUGUAUUUACCAGUAGUCUUAGCAAUAAUCAACCACCUGAAAUCUUCAUAGCACAGAGCAAACUGAUCAUUAUGGUGGGACAAAAGUUGGUGGAUUCUCUCUGUCAGGAAACUCAAGAAAAGGAUAUUCGGAACGACAUCCUCUGCAGCAGCAGCCAUUUUUGUAGCCUGCUGAAGAACUUGGCUGUUGCCACCAAAAAUGCUGCAGUACAGUAUGCAAAUGCAGGUGCCAUGCAGGAACUUCAAAAUCAAGCCAAAGAGCUGUCUAAAUACACUCAGCAGUUUAGAGCGAUGAUGGAAUGAAGAAGUCUUUCCAUUCUUAGAAGAGAAUCCUGGUGAAAACUUUGGGAUCUCCCCCUAUUUCUGGGUUUUAACCCCUCAACUAUGGUAUCCUGAGAGCUGAGGAAGACAGGACUCCACAAGAACUCAAAUGCGAGUCUUAUAUCAGCCAUACCCUGUAAAGGUUGCUGUUGGGCAAUGAAAGGUGUAUGAAGGCCCUGAGAGCAGGAGACACUAGGGACGUCUACACAGGCUGCGUCAGCAAGCCUCCCAUUCCAGGUUGAGAGUUUUGGGUUAGUAGGGCAUGUUCUGGUGCUCUAAAAACAGAUGUAUAGACAGCACUUUGAAGUGACAGAGAAACUUAACCCCUCCUAGGCUUCAGAGUUUGUGCUCUAGCCCAAGCUGCAAUUUCAAAGCGCUGUCUAUACACCUAUCUUUAGAGUGCUAAUGAAAGCUAGCUACCCCAAGUCUAUUGCCCUAGGUGAGGAGGCUGACUCCCACGGGCUGUGUAGAAAUACCCACUGUGACCAGGAAUAGAAUUUGUACUUUCUGCACAACAGUUUAGAGCACUGUUUGGAAAAUGCUAAGUCAACCCUUUCAAGCAAUCGUCUGAGCGGCUUGGCAAAAAUUUCCAUAGAGCAUUGUUAUACAAUUAUUUUAUUAUUUGUCUGAUUUCUUAUCUUUCCAAACAAAGCAGAUAAAUAUAUUUUUCUAUUAUUUUUCACUUGGAAAUGUAAGUGUUUUAGUGGUUUUCUUGAUAACAGACCAAGAUUUAAACUGUGAUAUAUUUUUAUGUGAAGCCAUCUUCAUUCUCCCUUUUCCAGGGGUUUAUUUACCGUAUUUGUUUUAAACUACAGAUUUUUUAAUAAAAUGUCAUUUACAGAU